AUGCGGCCGGCUAAGCCGGGCGCCCCGCUGCCCGCUCUCCUGCUGCUGGCGCUGGCUCUGUCCCCGCACGGGAGUCAGGGACGGCCCCGGGGACGCAGGGCCCCGCGGGGCGCCGAGCCCAAGCCGCUCUUCUUCCUCCCCGCGGCGCCCCGCGCGGCUCCCGGCGGCGCUGCCCGCAGCGCAGAAAUACUACCAAGAGAUCUGAACCUAAAAGACAAAUUCAUAAAGCAUUUCACAGGGCCAGUCACAUUUUCAGCUGAAUGUAGUAAACACUUCCAUCGUCUUUACCACAACACCAGAGACUGCUCAACGCCUGCCUAUUACAAAAGAUGUGCUAGAUUGCUAACAAGAUUAGCAUUGAGUCCACUAUGCUCACAGACCUAA